AUAAGCCGUGCCCUCGGAUGCUGUAGGAGACGAUGUUCAUUCUCCAGCCAACAAGCUUCACAAGAAAUAGCCCAAUACUUGCUCCUCGUUUCUGCCUCCAUCUCAAGCUAUACAUACAUAUCCUCCACAAGCCAUACCAAUCUAGCCCAGUCAAUCCAUCUCUUUACGCAUCAAUCAGCAUGCCGGCCACCUACCUCUCAUACUUCAACAUCGUCGAGGCUGAGAAGCACUCCGCAAAGACAUCGUCUCGACGUGAGUCCAAUGAGUCUGAUGACUCCUGCUCUUCAAUCAAGAGAAAGUCUUAUCUCAAGCGUGUUCUUGAGCAACUUCGGCCAACUCAGGAGCCAUUGACACCAGCUGGGAUCUAUUCACCCAUCAUCAAGCAAGGUCCGCUGUUCGGCAGCCGGAAAUAAUCGACCAGGACAUGGACGUCUGCAUGAUAUCCACGAUUUUCUUUUGAAUUUGUGUUCGAAACAUUGAGCAAUCACCAAUUGGCGUUUGAAGGGAGUAAUGGAACAUUGCGUAGCACCGCAAACUGGGAGGUUGGAAACGGGAAGGCCACCAUUAGCAUAUUUUUGCCCUGAGCUUUAGAGAUGAUAACCCUAGGUGGAUACAUAGGACGUUCAGGAUAGACAAUCAUUGAUUAUCUUAUUCGAA